UGUGUUUUUUUCGCUAGUUGAUGCGCCUAGAAUCACGUAGUUGCAGCUGCAGACCGCCGUCAAGACAUGCACAAUACCGUUAAGAAAGCAGACUACAGCUAUUGACACACAUAUUUGGGCAAAACUUCAUUGCUUUGGCUAAAUGGUGUGCAGAUUGUUUAAUUGCACAAGAAGCACAUAGAAUGAUAGCUAAAUUAGAGAAAGAGUAAACAAUUUGGUCCGCACUUAAUUGCAUCAUGAGUAUAUAAGGCAUGCGACCUUCAUUUCGGCAUCAAAACACAACAAACGUUUCAGCAGUUGGUCAAUUUAACCAAGAAUGUGGCGUUUACUUUUAUUUUGCAUCCUAAUUGCAUCCACACAUAGCGCGCUCGAAACACCACUGUGUCCAGAUGGUGGUGAGCCGGUGUGCGCGAAGAGUGGCUUCGAAUUCAUUUACUUCGAGAACGAAUGUAAAUUGAAUGUUUUUAGCUAUAAAGAACUUUUUGCUGGCCGCCCAAGUCCCACUAGAGUGUCGCUGGUGGAGUGCUUCUCUAAUUGCGCUGGAAUCGUAUGCCCCGCAAUAUUCCAGCCAGUUUGCGCACAGCAAGUACCUGGAGGUACCGUGCAAACAGUGUCCAAUGCUUGCCUGGUGAAUCAGUUGAUUUGUCAGACGAGACAACAAUGGGUAAUCAUAGCCAAUGGGGGAUGUCCAGAUACUGCAGUACCCAACCAGAAUUACUUUGCAUCUUCCGGCAUUGAUGCUGUGCCACCAGUGGGUCCUUACUCGCCAUCGACUACCUACACGCCAACGGCUCCUUAUCCGCCAGCGGCUCCUUACUCGCCAGCUCCUGCGCCAGCACCUGCACCUGCGCCGGCCGCUGCACCAAGUUACGAGCCUCAAGCGACAUAUGAACCAACGCCAGCACCAACACCAGCAUAUUAUUCACCACAAGUGCCACCAGCACCUAUUGACCCCGUCCCGCCCACAAGCUAUAACGCUCCGGCGCCUCAAACUUGUGCAGCUGAUUACUCAGCUUUGGCACCAGAGCCAGUUCCUUCCGGUUCUUACUCUGCUCCAGCACCUGUGGAACCCGUCCCGGCCCCAAGCUAUAACGCUCUGCCGCCUAAAACUUAUGCUGCUGAUUACUCAGGUUUGGCACCAGAACCAGUUCCUUCCGGUUCUUACGCGGCACCAGCACCUGUGGAACCCGUACCGGCUCCAAGCUAUAACGCUCCGGCCCCUCAAUCGUGUGCUGCUGAUUACUCAGCUUUGGCACCAGAACCGGUUCCUGCCGGUUCUUACGCUGCACCAGCGCAAGACUCUUACGCAGCACCGAGCCAAACUUUACCGCUUGUUCCGUCACCUUACUCAUCACCAGCAGUGGCUGACUCUUAUAUAACAGCAGCAGAUCAAAGUCCAUCGCCUGGUUCCAAUUCUUAUUUAGCCACCGGUGUAGAUCCUGCUCCAUUCGCUUACCCACCUUCUGAUUAUGUUGCGGCGCCGGCGACUUUGCCAUCCGCAAACACAUGCCAAGCUUCUUACAGUCAAGAACCAGCACCAGAAUAUGCUUCAAUACCUGCAGUAGACUCAUAUGCUGCUCCAUCUUCAGCCGUAUCUUCAUCGAAUUACGCAGCACCUGCGCCAGCUUCAGCCCCAGCCACUUACGAUUCUGCUCCAUUACCUUACACAGCAUCUGAUUAUGCCUCACCUGUACAGAGCCAAGCGGCUUAUCCGGCACCAGCACCAGCCCCUGCCACAUACGAUCCUGCUCCAUUACUUUAUUCAACAUCCGAAACUAUUCCUGCUCCGGCACCACCAGCGUAUCAAAAUACUUAUCAACAAUAUCCAUCUGAUUAUGGAUCACCUGCACAGAGUCAAACUACUUAUCCUGCACCAGCACCAGUCCCUGCUUCAACUUCUUAUGGAAGCCCAGCCUCUUACGAACCAGCUCCACUUCCUUGCUCUACAUCUGAUGUUGUUACUGGUCUAACGCCAUCACCGUAUCAAGACGCCACUCAACAAUCUGCAUCUGCCUAUGCAUCACCUGCACCCAGUUCAACUGCGUAUCCUGCCCCAGCACCAGCCCCAGUUCCAGCCACUUACGAACCAGCUUUGCCGCCAUCACCUUAUCAGGACGCUCAAUCUCCAACCGUCUAUGCUUCACCUGCACCGAAUCCAACGGCUUAUCCUGCACCAGCACCAGCCCCAGCCUCAUACGAUCCUACUCCAUUACCUUGCUCUGCAUCCGAAGCAGUUCCUGCUCUGACCCCACCAGCAUAUCAGGAUUCCUAUCAACAAUCUUCAUCUGCUUAUGCAUCACCCGCACCGAGUCCAACCACUUAUCCUACACCAGCACCUGCUUCACCUUCUUAUGGAAACCGGGAUCAGUAUUCGAUAGAAACUCCAUCCUCGUGCUCAUCAUCGAGUCAAUACCCUACGGUUCCAGCCAAUCAAGCCACAGAUUCAUAUGCCGCACCUAGUCAACCGGCGUAUUCAGAUGCUAAUCCAAGCCCAGCCGCGGCGGUGCCAUCCUCCUACAGUAUUCCAGCUCCUGCUCCUUACUCAGCCUCUGAUCAAUAUACGGCACCAGAACCAAACUCUUACGGAUCCACAGACCAAAAUCCGAUACCUGGUGCCAAUACUUACACCAAUCCAAGCCCAAAUCAAUAUCAAGCCCCAGUCACAGAUCUGAGCGUAUACUCUGCUCCUACUUCAGCAUCAUCGCUGUCAGUAAGUCCCUACACUGCGGAAUAUCCAUUACCUGCUCCUGUGGCCUUACCAUCUUCAGCAACGGAUCCCGCUAAUUACUCGCCGACAUCUGCUUACUCACCGACACCAUCGCCUGCAUGUUCGUGCUCAUCAAAUCCAGCGCAAUCUGUUCCUUGGUGGCCUUCACAACCGAAAAUUGCGUCGCUUAAAUACGAUAUUCCUGCGAUUAUUGGAGGUCAACAAGAUAUUUCGGAGGCAUAUACACCAGACAUCGCUGCUUUAAUUUCGAAAUGGAUUGACAGUAAUCCCCUGAUAUCAAAGAAUGGCUUGCAGUCUCUUGCUCCCUUUUAUUAUCAGCCCACUUAUACACUCAUCGAAUAUAGAGGUUCGAAAGGUCCACGUUCAUAUUAAAAGAUGACUAAAAGGGUGACCUGAAGUUUAGCCGCAAUUAAUUUCCAAUGUGAUUCUUGUAUGAAUGUGUGCAUGUAGUUGUAAGAUUCCCCGACCCAUUGAAAU